AUGCUACAACAGGUCCCGAAUGCACCUCCGUACGACAAGAAUCCAACCGGUGGUCCACAAUUCCGCAACUGGAUGGAACUUCUUUGCGCUUUCAAUCACCAACUGUCCCAAGGACCGGUAUGGCUUUACGAUACACCGGGCCAGCAAGGCCUAAUCGGCUUUCCUUUCAACGCCCUUUUGAACUGGUCCAUGUCAACCCCAGCCGGCCUCCUCGCCUUCCACCGUUCCGUCGUCAACGCCCACCUUCGCGACAUCCUCACCGCCUACGGCAAUUUCCUCUCUUCCCCCGCCUCUGCCGCCGUUCUCAACUCCUCCGCGACCGGCUGGCUGAGCCCGACCGCUCUCGACGCCCUUGUGUCUACCGCCUGGCUACCCACCAACACCACCUCCUCUUCCGACUCCGAGCCGAGAACAAAUACCCGCACGCCGCAACCUCGUCCCCAGUUCCACGACCUUUUCAUCUCCAACCCGCACCACCCCACGCACGGCUUCGCCUCCUGGGACGCCUUCUUCACCCGCCGAUUCCGGCCGGGGAUCCGACCGAUUGCUUCCCCCUCCGACGACGGGGUCAUAGUCAACGCGUGCGAGUCAACGCCCAUAGCGCUCGAGCGCAGAGUUAAACUGCAUGAUGAGUUCUGGGUUAAGCGGCAGCCGUAUAGUUUGGUUACCAUACUCGGCAGUUUGAACAAGGACUCAGACCGGGACGAGGACGAGAAGAACGGGGGCAGGAAGAAAGAGGAGGAGGAGCAGCUAAAACAAGCAAUGCGCUUCGAAGGAGGAACAAUCUACCAAGGCUUCCUAGGAGCACUGAGUUACCACCGCUGGCAUGCGCCUGUUUCCGGGGUGGUGGAGAAAGUGACGAAGAUACACGGGACUUACUUUGCUGGUUGUCCUGGGUUGUCCUCCUCCCGCCGUGGGGGACUACAUGAUGGAGACAUGGAGGAACGGAAGCACGAUCCUUCGGCGCCGGAUAGAAGCCAGAGAUAUAUCUGCCAGGUGGGCACUAGGGCUUUGGUGUACAUACGGGCGAGAGAUAGGAGGCUGGGGACGGUGGUGUUUGUGGCGGUGGGAAUGGCGGAGGUCAGUAGUUGUGAGGUUACGGUUAGGGAGGGGGAUAUGGUGGAAAAGGGGGAGGAGAUUGGCUUGUUCCACUAUGGCGGCUCGACGCACUGUCUUAUUUUCGAGCCAGGUGUCCGGUUGAAGUUCACAGAAGCAGCAGAGGAGGUUGAUGUCAAGAGACGGGGUCAUAACUUGCCGGUCAACGGAUACUUGGCGGAGGUUGUGUCUGGAUGA